GCCAGCGCCGCCUGGAACAGCUCCAGCACCUCGGCGUGCGCCAGCUCCUCCUCGGGCUCCGCCGCCAUCGCCGGAAGGGGCGGCCGGGCCGGCGGAAGCGGCGAUGCUGCUGUUCUGCCCGGCCUGCGGUAACGUGCUGGUGGCCGAGGAGGGGCCGCGCUGCCACCGCUUCGCCUGCACCACCUGCCCCUACGUGCGCAACGUGACGCGGAAGGUGACGAGCAGGAAGUACCCGCGGCUCAAGGAGGUGGACGAUGUGCUGGGCGGCGCGGCGGCCUGGGAGAACGUGGACUCCACCGCAGAGCCGUGCCCCAAGUGCGAGCACCCCCGCGCGUACUUCAUGCAGAUCCAGACGCGCUCGGCCGACGAGCCCAUGACCACGUUCUACAAGUGCUGCAACGCGCAGUGCGGGCACCGCUGGCGGGACUGAGCCGCCCGGCCCUGCCCUUCCCCGGAGGGGCCGCGCUGGGCCCGGCCGCUCGCCCCGCGACGAGGCCGCGGGAGCCCCCGGGUCGGGCGGGUCUCUAAUAAACAUCCGUGGGUAGAA